GAGGGAGAGAGAGAAGAGGAGGAGGAGGGAGCCACUGAGGCGGCAGGGACACGGUAACCUGCAGGAGGACUCACAUGGUCCUGCAGCAGAGGAGCACAGACCACCGGGACACUCCAAACCUCUUAACGUCACAUUCAGUUCGGCUUAUUCUACUUUUUUUCAGAUAACGUUAACGUUACCGCUCCCUUUUUAUUUCAUUUGUUUCUCGCAUCCCUCCUCCCGCAGCCCAGUGUCGGUCGGACUUGGGCCGGUAAAGCAGCGCCAUGGCCCGGGAGAACGGAGACACCGGCAGAGGAGAGACGUGGAAAAAACAAGUCGACGACAUCAAGAAAUUUUUUGAUUUUAAAGAAGUCCUCGGCACAGGAGCUUUUUCCGAGGUGGUCUUGGCCCAGGAGAAGCUGACCGGACGGAUGUUUGCGGUGAAGUGCAUCCCUAAGAAGGCUCUGAAGGGGAAGGAGAGCAGCAUCGAGAACGAGAUCGCCGUGCUGAGGAAGAUCAAGCAUGAGAACAUUGUGGCACUGGAGGACAUCCAUGAGAGCCCUGACCACCUCUACCUGAUCAUGCAGCUGGUGUCUGGCGGAGAGCUGUUUGACCGAAUCGUGGAAAAAGGUUUCUACACGGAGAAGGAUGCAAGCACGCUGAUCCGACAAGUUCUGGACGCUGUGAACUACCUGCACAAGAUGGGCAUUGUACACCGAGACCUGAAGCCAGAGAACUUGCUGUAUUUUAAUCCCCAAGACGAGUCAAAGAUCAUGAUCAGCGACUUUGGUCUUUCCAAGAUGGAGGGCAGCGGGGAUGUCAUGUCCACUGCCUGCGGCACGCCGGGAUAUGUGGCUCCAGAGGUUCUUGCCCAGAAACCGUACAGUAAGGCCGUGGACUGCUGGUCCAUUGGAGUGAUCGCCUACAUCCUGCUGUGUGGUUACCCUCCGUUCUACGAUGAAAACGACUCCAAGCUGUUCGAACAGAUCCUGAAAGCCGACUACGAGUUUGACACACCCUACUGGGACGACAUAUCAGACUCAGCCAAGGAUUUCAUUGGCAGUCUGAUGGAGAAAGAUCCAGCCAAGCGUUUCACCUGCGAUCAGGCACUCAGACACCCCUGGAUCGCCGGGGAUACAGCACUCUGCAAGAACAUCCAUGAGUCAGUCAGCCGACAGAUCAAAAAGAACUUCGCCAAGAGCAAAUGGAGGCAAGCGUUCAAUGCCACCGCCGUGGUUCGGCACAUGAGGCGGCUGCAGCUUGGCAGCAGCAUGGGGAGCAGCGUGGACGCCUCCAACCCGCCGACCAGGCCGAGCCAGACGCAGAGGCCGGCCCAGAGCCAGAGCCAGGCGGGCCAGAACCAGCCAGCUCAGAGCCAAAACACCGGCCAGGCGGCACAGAGCCAGAGCGCCAACACAGCCGCCAGCAAAAGCUCUUCCAUAGACAACAACAUAGCAGCUCCCCGCAAGGAAUGUGCAGCUGCACCGGUCACGCCCUGCAGUCUGGCGUCUGCAGCCUCUUCUCCGGCCGCCGGGGCAGAGCUGAACCGGCCACAUCCCUCCGCGGUCGCCGCUCCGGUGCUCACGGAGACCAAGUGACGCCAGGUCCCGCGGGGAACCAGCUGGGAGGCCACGGCGCUGUGAAGCAGAGAGACGGAAAGAGACGGAGAACGACAGAAGAGGAAGAUCUCCCUCUUCUCCCCCCCCCACCUCUUCUUCGUUCCUCCCUCUCCUCACUGCAUUUCUACUUGGAUGCGCCCCCCCACCCCCCAGCAAGUUCCCCGCCCUGCUCCCAAGAGAGCAGAUGACUUUACCCCUGCCCCACCGAUUCAAGCCACACAGCGUACUGUACGUUCGCCCGCCAAUCAGCCCACCCACCCACCCACCUACCAGGACGCCGUGUAGGAUUCCUCCUGACUCUUCAGUGAGGAAGUUUGUACGGCCGGCUGUGAUUGGUUGCUGUCUAAUGAUUAAAUGGGGUGUCGACUGCUGCGAGCUCGAGCAGUUAAUUGGUGGUUCACGGUGGGGCCGGUGGUGAUAUUAUUCAAUGUCAGUCAACAUCAACUUCCCUCUUGAAUCUGGUCUUUCCUUCGACACUUUAUUUAGCUUUUUUUUCUUCCAAAUUAGGUUUGACUGUUGACAAUUGGAUUUUUUUUUUUUUUUUAUUAUUACGGUUAAUGUUAAAGGUGGUAUGUGUAACUUUUAAAAAAUUUGAUAGUGCUACUUUGGUAUAAUUACUGGAAAUAAUCACGACCAUCGCAGGGAUGAUGAGUCACAUCCAGCAGAUUACCUCCAGAUCUGACCUGGUGACAGAGGCUGUCUUCUUAGGGAUGAUCUGAUUUGUUUGCACUAAUUGUACUAAUGUAGCAAACUAAUGUGACAAUGAUGUCAUGUGAAAAUGCUACAUAUUGCACCUUUGAGAUAUUUUAUUUUAUGUCCUUAUGGGCUUGUUUGUCUGUUUGUGCUUUAAUAAGUGCUUUAAAAGUACCAUACGACUGUUGAGAUGGGGAAACAUGAAUAAGCGCUUUAUGUAUUUUGCACAAAGAGGGUCAGAUAUGUUCUCAGACACAGAUUAGCCACCAUCCACCUAUGUUUAUCAGAGAGUAGAGAUUGUAAAUCUUUAUGUAUAAAAAAAAAAAAGAAAUAAUAACCCAGAGUGGAUGUUAGAGCAUUGUACAGCUUGUUUAUUGCCUGAAAGAUUCUGAUCUGUUUAUUAUUUUCUUACUUUAUAAGACUUAUAUAACAAUCACCCUUUAAGGGACACACACACAGGUUACUAAGGAACAUGCAGCAGGUUUAGGAUAGGAUAGAGGUAUUUGCUGGAAACUGCCUCCAGUUGAGAAUGUUAGCGACUACACGAUAGCUUGGCGUUUGAUUUUCCUAAACUAAGGAGCCCCAAGCAGCGCGGUGCAGUUCCAAGAUGGCUACAAGACAUGCUACAAAGCAUCUCAAGACACCAAACUGCUUCCCACAUGGGUCCUCAGAGUAUUUGGCUUGGGUGGAGACAAGAUGGAGAGGCUGUCGCCUGCCGCUUUUCCUCCCCCCCCCCUUGCUCCAAAGAAGCCAUUUUUGCAUCGUCAAGCUUCACCCAGUUCAGAAGUGCUCAGGGAAAACUGUGGCUGCACUGUGAGCUGGUGAAUACCCAUUUUCCUGGUUUAGGUUGUUCCGUCAGUGUUUUUGGUCCAGGUGUUGUGGCAUCACAGUUAAUGAUCCAGAGCUCAAGGCAUUAGCUGCGUCCCCAUUGCAGUGUUGUAGUGACUUCUGACUUGAAUAUUGAAGACUGAAGACUUGGGCCCAGACUAUUCCAUCGAGGACUCCAAGGUUGUUUUUUUACUCGAUCAUCUUGCAGAACUUGUUCCGCAAUUUUUUGGCUCUUCUGUAUUUUGUUGAUGCAAUUCCCAAUCCUGGAACAGUGAGCCAGAGCUCUUUGCUUGACGGGAUUUGGACGGAAGCGCCAAAACAACAUGGAGGAUAGGUUAGUUCUUGCUGUAUUCGGGGAUCCCUUCCUUUAUGGCCCAACAGCAGACAGUUAUUGUGACCGAAAUCAGAAGCUUGGUUAGCGUAGCUUGGUUCACACCAGUGGCGAUUUUAGACCCUUUUUAGGGGGGCUCAAGCCCCCCUAAAUUUCAUCUCAGCUCCCCUAAAAAUUAUAAUAAUAAAAAACAUGUCUUAGUGCUUCAAGUUAGAGUUUGCGAACUUGUCUGUUUGUGACAGAGGGCAAACUAUUAAUAUCCUGUGUCGCAGUCGCCAAUGCACCUGUAACCCAGUCAAGGAAAGUUUUAUUUUUUUAUUAAUUUAUUGUUUACACCUCAUUAUCAUUUCAAUUGAUUCUGGUAUGAAUGACUUAAAUCCACAACUUGGAGUCCCUUUUUAAUCAUUCUAAGUUCCAUAUGACAGACUGACUUUGUUUUAAUUUGUUCUUGAUGGAACCUUCUCAUGACUCUGACUCAUGAUUGCAGCAGCCUGGAUUGUGUCACUACAUAGACAUAACUCAGAGGGCAGAACUGUACGAUGUUGGGUGCCUACCUACGCACACAUAUCAGAUUGUCAUGAUGCAAUUCUUCUGAUCCCUUUAUUGUGAAUUGUAGCCAAAGACUAGUGCUAGGUACAAAGACAAUUUGGUUCAUUCUACUCGAUGAAUUAGGGAGAACAGAACUAGAUAGGAAGCUGUUCGAGUGGACUACAACUAAGGGCUGAACUCUAGCUGCAAAUUAGUUUGGAGAGAAAUGUAUUCGCCUUUGAUCCCUUCCUAAUCUGUUGCCAUUUACCUUUUCAUUAGCUACACAGAGUGCUGCUGAAAAAGUGAGAUCACAGCUGGAUAAAAGGCAAAUGACAGUAAAUCAACACUCACCCAAGCUUUCUGGAAUUCACUUUUGGCUCGCCGCGUCGUGUGUAUUGAGUUCCACCGAUUUGGCACUGAAGUUGACUAAAACAAACCAUGACAAGGCAUUUGUGGAUGCUGUCCAGUCUAAAUCUGUCUCCCUCCUUACUGUGUUCUCUGUCUUUUGACAGCAGCACCUACUUCCUUCAAUAAGCUCUGCAAGGACAAUUCCAGUGUGUUUGGAUUUUCUGGUCUUUCCCACUGUUUUCCUAAACCAAAAAUGUGUUAGUCCCCCCCAAUACUUUACAACCUGCCCCAUCUGUAGCUCUCAGCCCCAAGCCAAUUGGCUCCAACUGAAGACUUAAAUCUUUCAAAUUGAGUCACAGAUCUGUAGUUGACAAGAGAAAGAACCUAAUGUAACGAAAAAGGCUACCAGCUAUUGGUUGAAAGUUUUACUUUGAAUCUUAAGUUUUUGCUUUAUUAACAAGCAGAAAUGCAGUACCAAAUCACUGUCACUGUCACUGUACAAUUUUAUAUUAGCAGUCUGGUUGUAAGCCGUCAUUCACAGUGAUGGAUUUACACUCACUGCAGUACAUGGCUCACGGUGUAAUUGAAAACGCUUUAGCGAAACUGAUUUCUAAUUUCUUUUUGGUGUCGUAGGAAUGUAAAAAUAAGACAAACCGUUAAAAGGAUAGGAAUUUUUGUCAGAAACCUCUAAUCACACGGGAAUUGUCCACCUCGUUCCUAUGUAUGGGACUCCAAACACACACACCAGAUCUACUAUGUUGUUGUUCAAGCACUUAGGCAUAAAGUGUGAAACUUGCAGAUGUGGUAACAGCACCGACAUGGUUGAUGCUUUUAGACGAAUCAUUGCAGUUUGUCCUAGCAACUAAUCCAGUCAUAAUAGAGUUUAUGUUCAAUAGUUUUGUUAGGGUUAGGUGUGUAAGAAAAGGCCAGUUAGCCUGAUUUAUUUUAUUUUAAAUGUGCAGUCAUAGAGAAAGCUAACAUUUUAGUGUUUCUUACUGAUUUACAACACCCACAUUGCACUACACCGUUCACCUUUCAGAAAUAUAUAUUCAUUCUGACGUUUUUACAGUGGGGUCUUGUGUUACAUGUUUCUCUACUAACCAAACUCUAAAGUCAAUCCAUGUAGUUAUCCAUGUGUUAAUGAGGGGAACUUUUAACCAUGUAAGGGCUUUAUUCCAAUGAUCACCUUAAUCUAAUUAUUCACUGUAACCAUGUAUACUGUACAUCCCCAUUGAUUGCUAUGCAUUUUUUUAAACAUUUUUAAGUGUUGUCAAUGCUUUUUCUUGGAAGUGGGAUCAGGAAACAACAUCAGCACCUAUAGUUAAAAAAAAAAAAAACUUUGUUUGGGGGAAAAAAAAUAGUUGCAAGACACAGAAUCCCUGCCAGAUCUUAGACAAUUACAAUCACUUAACUAUUAAUUAUUAUUAUUAUUAUUAUUAUUGAAUGAGCGUCAUUGUAAAAGUGGUGUACCAGGUUUCUCCUCUGGCACAAAAGCUGUUAACCAAUCGACAGCCAACACGUAAGAAUAUGUUUAGUCAAAUGUGAUGUCGUCCACUUCAGUGUGGACGUUUGGGUUUACGAAUGUAUUGGGAGGCAGGCUGAGGGUUCAGGUUCAUGCUGCUCUGUGGUUUUAUGUCUGCUGUUAAAAAAAAAAGUUUUCUGAAUGGCUCUUUUCAUGUUAAAGAUGCUACUGUACACUACUACUGCACUGUAAAUAGAUUGUGAAUAUGAAUGAUCAUUUUCAAGAUAAUAUUUACAAAAGUUUUGCUGUUAAGGCACGUGAGAGUGAACGAGUAAGCGAGUGAGCGUGUCGAGGGAAGUUGAUUGUAUUCUCUAUGGAAUGUUUAAUGUAAAAACAAAACAAACAAAAAAAGCUAAAAAAAAAAAAAAAAAAAUCCCCUUUACAGUUUGCUGUCAUAUAUACUGUCCAGCACUGUGUGGCUGCCAUCUGCAGAGCUACACAGUGCAGUUUAACGCCAUUAGUGUUCCACCACCACUUCAGUGUCAGUCCAACUAAAAGUGAAAGCAUCGUUUACUGAACUCAGGCUUAUGUUUUUGCCAUUCUAAAGGAAGAAAUCCAAAGCUGUGACCGACUCCGAAACACACUGUUAAGGACGAGGGGCGCUCUCGUCCACCCUUUCCCCUUUGAGCUCACACUCCCUUUUUUUUUUUUUUUUUUUUUAAAGAAGUCGCCGUCACAAAAGAUGAAAACACAAGCAUGUCGAGAAAAAAGUGCUUCAAGAAGUCAACUAUACCAUGAGUGUUUUGCAUAAUCUUAUAUGCCCUUGUAUGAUGUUAGUAUCUCUGUAAUAUGUAAAGAUGUACACAGGUUGAGAGUUUCAAGUCCACAAAAAGCUGAGUUUACUCAGUAGAAGAGUUUCACUUCUACAAACAGUUUGGAUAGGCGGAAAUAAUCUCAUCACUUAAUGCAACACAGCUAACUGACAUUUAAAUAAGGAGGGCUGGAUACCAUGUUCCAAUGUAAGUUGCUCUAAUGCUGCUUAUGGGAGUGACUUCCAGCUGAUUUCCUGCAUAACAUGUGGACAUGGCAUGAAAAUAAUUUAUUAACAAAAACUUUUUUAUUGUACCAAGUGGCAAGGAAUGUUGUUUAUUUAUUCAUGACCUUUACAUUUCUUACUUUAACUUACCUAGUUAGCAAUAGCCUUAUAAAGAUAGUAGGAAAUUUAGCUAGGCUAGGUAGCUAACUUAGAUAGCUUAUAUAAUGUAUUCCAAAAAGUCAAAGGCCAGCCCUGUUGCUUACUUUGCUUUUAAGUAAUUUAAGUAGGCUACAUGUAGCUAUUGGCUAUGUGCAUUAACUUACCUAGCUAGCAAUAGCCUUGUAGGGCUAGUUGGAAAGCUAGGUAGCUAACUUAGAUUGCAUUGUGUAUAUAUAUCGUGACUAUUUUAUCCCAAACGAGCAAAGGCUAGCACUGUUGCUAACUCUGCUUCCAAGGAAGUCAAGUCCAUAGCUAUUGGCUAUGUUCUUUACUUAGGCUACAUAGUUAGCGGUGGAUGUCAUGCUUAAUUCUACACAUUAAUAUAUUUGCUUUGUUGGCUCAGAAUUCUUCUACUGAACUAAACAAAGAUGUGAGUUUACUUAUAUGUAAAUGUUUCGGUAUAAAUUGUUGCCAAAUACUUUAGGAGUCACAAUAAUAGCAUUGUCUCUCAUGUACUCAAAAGGUUGUAAGCAUUAGUAAAUCCAGUGCAAAGCUGCCUUGCUAGCAGCUGUGCUUCGGUCUAGCUAAUGUUAAAAACAGCCCUUUACCUCAAUAUUUGACUCAACUAAUAGAAGAAGACAUGCCUUUAUUUAUCCUGUAAGGGGAAAUUCACAUUUAAUUUAAUGAGAGCAGCUCUGCCUCUGAGAAUUGUUUGUAGGACUAAAACUUUAUACAAUCUGCUUUUUUGGGACCCAGUGUCUCCCUGUGGGUGUCCUCGUCCAGAGCCUGCUGAGUUGUAGCUGGCUGUAUUGUAUUUACUCUCUGCAUGUGACCACAACAAAUUCCCAUCCUGUGCACCAUCACCACGCCCACGACACCCAUGUUUCUCAGAGCAGGCACCGCCUGCCGCACUUAUUGUGCUGUGAUGACGAUUAUGAUGAUGAUGAUGACUUUCUGUUAAUGGGGCUUGUAUAUCCGAUGCCUUCGACAAUCGUGCACAUAUCAGAGUUACCAUGACAACACAGGGCAGAGCGACUGAUUGUGUUUUGUUUGUCUUUCUCCUGGAAUAAAUCCUGAAUGAUGGUAA